AUGUCGACUGAAGGGGAUGAGGUACAGCAGCAGCCAAAGCGCCCGCAUGCAUGUCCGCAUCCAGGAUGCACAGCGUCGUAUGCUCGCAUCGAGCAUAUGGAGCGGCACGCCAAGUCGCAUGAGCAGGGGCACGGGUACAGCUGUCAGGAGUGCGGAAAGAGCUUCGCUAGGUCCGACGUCUGGCGACGACAUCUGAAGAUUCACACUCGCGACACGAACAAAGCCGCGACUCCCGCUGCACCGGCGAACGGUGCUUCUGUGAGCGCCAACAGGGUCCUGCGAGCCUGCAGAGCUUGUGCAAUCGCCAAGAUCAAGUGCAGCGGACACGCGCCCUGCCAGCGCUGCAGCGAGCUCAACAAGGAGUGCGAGUACGAGGCGACGGCGUCAAAUUGUCCGGCGAAACGAGUCCGUCUCGAAAGCGAGGACUCGACGCGGGACCUGUCUGUCGGGGACUGCCCUGACAGCGGACACGGCGAAGCAUCGUCAUCGGGCUUUGACUCAUCUGUCCCGACUUUCGCCCUCCCGCCCAUGCCUCAUUCGUCCGCUUCUUACCCUCCCCCCGGCUCGACGUCUACGGCCUCGCACAUGCCCCCGACUUGGGGCGACCUUCCACCCGACUCUCUCACCGGCGACCUGAGCUCCCUCUUCGGCUCGACGUCUCCCGGCUUCACAGGUGCUCCCGCCGCCUCGACCUCGACUCUUUCGCCAUCCCUCCCGCAGCCACCACAGAACGGCAAGUCAAACGGCGACAUGCUCGACACGUUCGUCAACUUUGCCCUGCACCAGCACAACCCUACCUCUUCACUCGAAUUGAACCUUGCGGCCGCUUUCUACCUCCCGACGGGCGACCAGAUGUUCUGGAGCUCCUUCCUCACUUCACCUCCCGCCGCACCUCUCCACCAACCACCUCAGCCCUUCCCUGCCGCGUUUCCAUACAAGAAUCAGCAGCAUCAGCAGACGGACUUCCAUGCGGCCGCAUCUUCGUCGCCCGCAAGCAAUGCGGGUGGACUCUCAUUGUCGACGCGACGACCGAGGAUCCUCAUUACGGCUGCGGGCAUGCCGUCUCGUCAUGGCAGUCCUCAUCCGGAGGAGGAAGGAAAGGGGAAGGAGCGGGAGCAGCAGGACGCAACGGAUGGAGCGGCAAACGCAGGAGGCGAGGCGAACGUUGAUGGCGAAGGUCGUCCUUCCACCUCGUCUUCCGCCUGGCCGCCGGUCUGGAACCCGACAGGCGACGAGUCGGCCGUCUCGCUCGACCGCGAAGCCUCGCUUCCGCUGGUCGGAGGCGGGAAUGCGGCAAAAACGAUGCCGUUCGACGAGGACGUCAGGAUCGCGUUGCUCGAGACGCUGAGGUUCGCUCAGCUCAGCGAUGACGAGUACCACGCCGUGUACCGCACGAUCGCUCGAAUCCCGCUCUCCAUCUUCGACCUCCUCUGCGGCCUCUACUUCCACCACUUCAACCGAGUCUACCCGAUGCUCCAUGCCCCAACCUUCAACCCCAAGUCAACUCUCGGCCAACUGCUCCUGAUCAUCCUCGGUAUCGGCGCCGUCUACGCACCAGUUCCGGGCGCGCUACAGCUCGGGCGUGUGCUGAUUGAGGUGGCGAGGAGGGGGACAGAGCACCUCAUCAAUCGGGACAACAGGUUGGCGCGGUCGCUUCCUGUGGCUCAAGGAACCCUCAUCUGGGGCAUCGUCCGCUGGAUUGGCUCGGCGCGAACAGUCGAACUGGCUGAAGUCUUCCGCAGCAUCCACGUCGCCAUGUUCCGCCGUCUGCGCAUCUUCGACGACUGGGAGCAGCACAAGCCGCGAAGCUCGUCUCCUCAAGCGCAGUGGUCGGCUUUCAUCGCCAACAAGGAGAGGCGGAGGACAGCGAUGCUGACCAUCCUCCCCCUCUCAGGGAACGCUCCGUCUGCCGAAGCUUGGCUCGAGCUCAAGGCAAACGCGCCUGAACCUGCCUCAAUCCCCGCCGUCGCCAAGCUCCUCGCGUCCGACUCGUCCCUCCCUCUUCCGCCCGCCAUCUCGCUCACCCCCUUCGGCGCCCAUGUCCUCGUCCAAGGCAUGCACAUGAACAUCUGGAAUGCUCGCCAAAUGCAUCUCUCCGGCCUGACAAACCACGCCGAACUCAUCACGACUCAUAUCCGCCGGUCGCUCGUCCGCCUCGCGCGCGGGAAAGACGAGUUCUCGCCACGUUUCGCCAAGGGUGCUGCAGGCAAUGGCGAUGACCCCGCACUGUACGCCGCCUCACACGCGUGUUAUCACCUCGCGCAGAUCUCGACGCACAUCCCGCUCGAGGAGCUCGACCUCGCGAGGAUGGUCGCGCUGCAUGCGGGCCAGCUCUUCCGAGUUGUGCGCGACUACCCAACUCACGCGACCUACGAGUCUUCCGCCCUCUUCCACGCCGGACUCUGCCUCUACAUCUUCGCCCGCUUGUCAUCAACCUCGGCGGACCCAGGCGCGAGCAGCACCUUUGACAGCUCAUCCCGCGAUCCCGGCUCCUUCUCCUCGUCGACCGAGUCGGCCUUCCCUCUCGACGCCGCGCUGUACAGCUCCUUGACGCCGGUCAAUUUGGGGAGCUGGCUUGCGCUUGGAGGUCCAGCAUCCUUGACAGGUGUCUCGGGCCUCUUCUCCGACUCGUCUGCGCCCAUGCAACUCGCAACUGUAGGGCGCAUCGGACAGGUCUUUGCAGUUGUGCUGAAAGGGAUCGCGAGGCGAGACGAGGAGCAGCAGAAGUUGGCUCUCGUUCCGGCCACCUUGAACUACGGCAGCGCGCCGGCCAGCUUCUGA